CUCACAACAAGCAGGAAAAUGUCUAGAGUCCGGUGUACUGUUGACGUUACCUCAAGACUGUGAUAUUUUAGGCGGAUAAAUAGUCUUUCAAGUCAUAUCAGACAUAAGUACCACAUUUACGGAUCUCAGUUGGCGAGUCAGUGAACUUGGGGAGGCAAUAGAAAACUUUAGGUGGGAUUAUCUUGGUAUGAUCUGUUGGGAACAUGGAUCUACCGUUGACCUUCAGUAGUACUGACACCACCUCAGUUGGUCCGAGAGUGAAGGAAGAAGAUAUAAAAGAGGAGGAAUAUGGUCACAUGGUUGCAUGUCAAGAUGAAGAAAAGCCCUUUGCAGAGGAAUAUGGUCACAUGGUUGCAUGUCAAGAUGAAGAAAAGCCCUUUGCAGAGGAAUAUGGUCAUAUGAUUGCAUGUCAAGAUGAAGAAAAGCCCUUUGCAGAGUUUCACUGUAAAACUGAAACCGACAUCACAGAGUUCAGCGUCACAUGCAAAGAAACGCAGACAACAGUGAAGACUGAAGAGAAGAAAGAAGAGGAUGUGAAAGAGCUCGAUUAUCUCCUGGGAAACCCCGUGUCUCUGGCCCAGAUGAACAGGGUAUCAGUGGUGCUGGUGGACUGCUGUAGACCACAAGGACGACGAGGGGAGGAGGAGGAGAUGCAGACCAAUGGAGAUGCACAUCAGAUCGAGACCAGUAUAUCUGAACACCCACACAUCACGCAGCAGAAGAUCGAUGGACAGAAUGCUAAACUCAACCUGCAACUUGAAGGAAGGCUGCACCACUGCACAGUCUGCAGGAAGAGUUUCUCAACCCUGAGAGAACUGCAGAAACACCAGCAAACACACUCUACUGGUGUGAAUGAAAAGUGGAAGGCUCGCAAAAACUCUCAUCAGUGUACCCAGUGUGAAAAAGCGUUUAAAGCUGCCGCAUAUCUUCGACAGCACAUGCUUACACACACUGGAGAGAAGCCUUAUAAAUGUGAUCAGUGUGGAAAAGCUUUUUCACAAAUAUCAAAUCUUCGAACUCAUAUGCUAAUUCACACUCACGGAAAGUUUCAUCAGUGUGCAGAGUGUGAAAAAUCGUUUACAGCCGUCUCAAAUCUUCGGCUGCACAUGCUAACUCACACGGGAGAGAAGAGUCAUAAAUGUGACCAGUGUGGAAAAGCUUUUUCACAAAAAUCUCACGUCCGACGCCACAUGCAUGCCCACACUGGAGAGAAGCAGAACAGAUGCGGUGAGUGUGGAAAAGAAUUUUCGCGAGUUUCAACUCUCAAAUCCCACAUGCUAAUUCACACCGGAGAGAUGCCUCAUAAGUGUGCCUGUUGUGGAAAAUAUUUUCGACAACUUUCAAAUCUUAAAACUCACAUGCUAAUUCACACUGGAGAGAGGCCUCACGUGUGUUCCGAGUGUGGAAAAGCGUUUAGAACGUCCGCUCACCUCCUGGGCCACAUGGUGGUUCACUCUGGAGAGAGGCCUCACGUGUGUUCCGAGUGUGGAAAGGCCUUUGGUUACAUUUCAGGUCUUAAAGCACACAUGCUUACAAUGCACACAGCUAAAGGACAGCGUCACCGUAAUACUGAGACGGACUUGCCAGGUCCUAGUCGGUCCGGGGAGAACAUGGAUCUACCUUUGAGCUCCUGCUGUGUUGAAACUGAACCAGUUGACCCAAGACCGCUAGUGAAAGAAGAUACAAAUGAGGAGGAACGUGGUCAUGUGACUGGUUAUGGUCGUGUGAUUGCUCAAGAUGAUGAAGAAAAGCCCUUUGCAGAGCUUCACUGUAAAACUGAAACGGACGUCACAGACAACAUUAGUUACAAUGAAACACAACACACAACCGCGGAGAUUGAAGUGAAGAUUGAUGAAGAUGAUGAACAACAGCACGGUGAUCUGCUGGGAAAACACCCACACAUAACGCAACAGAAUGAGAAUGAUGAACUCAGCCUGCAGUUCAGAGGAAGGUGGCACCACUGCACCGUCUGCAGGAAGAGUUUCACGGCCCUGACGGAACUCGAGCAACACCAGCAAACGCACUCUGUUAGCGUGGAUGAAAAGCGAAAGAAGACGCUUAAAAACUCUCAUCAGUGUACCCAGUGUGGAAAAGCGUUUAAAGCUGCCUCAAAUCUCCGACUGCACAUGCUUACACACACCGGAGAGAAGCCUCAUAAAUGUGUCCUGUGUGGAAAAGGUUUUUCACAAAUGUCAAAUCUUCGACUCCACAUGUUAAUACACACUGGAGAGAAGCCUCAUAAAUGUGACCAGUGUGAAAGCGCUUUUGCACAAAUAUCAAAUCUUCGACGCCACAUGUUUAAACAUACUAGAAGGAAGCCCCAUAAAUGCGAUGAGUGUGGACAGUUAUUUUUACUUAUUUCAAAUCUUCAAUUCCACGCGCUGACUCACACAGAAGAGGAGCCUCAUGGAUGUGUCCAGUGCGGAGAAGCUUUUAUAACGUCCACACAGCUCCAGGACCACAUGGCGGUCCACACUCACGUUCACGCUGAGACGGACUUGGCAGGUCCUCGUCGGUCCGGCUCUGCGGAAACUGACCGGAGAUCGCUGGUGAAGGAAGAGGAGAAAAGUGACGAGGGACAUGAUCAUGUGACUGGUCCUAGCUAUGUGAUUGGUCAAGAUGAAGAUGAGUCGGUUGCAGAGCUUCACUGUAAAAGUGACGAGGGACAUGAUCAUGUGACUGGUCCUAGCUAUGUGAUUGGUCAAGAUGAAGAUGAGUCGGUUGCAGAGCUUCACUGUAAAAGUGACGAGGGACAUGAUCAUGUGACUGGUCCUAGCUAUGUGAUUGGUCAAGAUGAAGAUGAGUCGGUUGCAGAGCUUCACUGUAAAACUGAGAGGGACAUGAGUCAGGAACAGACACAGGAGUCUAACGUUACCGUAGAAACACCGACAACCGAGAUUGAAGCAAAGAAAGAAGAGGGUGAGCAAGAGCUCGAUUACUUGCUAGGAAGUGUAUCUGAACACCCAUACAUAACGAAACAGAAAGUCGACGGACAGAAUGACAAACUCAUCCUGCAACUCAGCGGAAGGCUGCACCACUGCAGGAAGAGUUUCAAGGCCCUGACGGAACUCGAGCAACACCAGCAAACACACACUCUUGGUGUGAACGAACAGCAGAACACUGGCGGCAAAAAGACUCAUUUCUGUGGUCACUGUGGGAGAGUAUUUAAAAGGCCUUCGAUUCUGAAACAGCACCUUUUGACACACACUGGAGAGAAACCCCAUCAAUGUGUCCAAUGUGGAAAAGCUUUUUCACAAGCUUCUACUCUUAAAACCCAUAUGCAAAUACACACUGGAGAGAAGACUCAUGAAUGUGUACAGCGUGGAAAAGAAUGUAAAGGUCCCACACAUCUUAAGAACCAGGUGGAUGAAAACAAGAGUACUGGCAAAAAACAUUACCAGUGUGGAAAAGCCUUUACUGCUGCCGCAUAUCUUCAAAAGCUUACGCACACUGGAGUGAGGCCUCAUAAAUGUGACCAGUGUGGAAAAGCCUUUUCACAAUUAUCACACCUUAAAUCCCAUAUUCUAUCUCACACUGGAGAGAGGCCUCAUAAAUGUGAUCAGUGUGGAAAAGCAUUUUCUCAAUUAUCACAUCUUAAAACCCAUAUAGUAACACACACUGGAGUGAGGCCUCAUAAAUGUGACCAGUGUGGAAAAGCAUUUUCUCAAUUAUCACAUCUUAAAACCCAUAUAGUAACACACACUGGAGAGAGGCCUCAUAAAUGUGACCAGUGUGGGAGAGCAUUUUCUCAAUUAUCACAUCUUAAAUCCCAUAUUCUAAGUCACACAGGAGAGAGGCCUCAUAAAUGUGACCAGUGUGGGAGAGCAUUUUCACGAAUUUCAAUUCUUAAUUACCAUAUGCUAACUCACACUCGCAAAAAGUCUCACAGUGGAGAGAAACCUCAUGAAUGUGCCGAGUGUGGAAAAGCGUUUAGAACGUCCGCUCACCUCCUGGGCCACAUGGUGGUUCACUCUGGAGAGAGGCCUCACGUGUGUUCCGAGUGUGGAAUGGCCUUUAGUUACAUUUCAGGUCUUAAAGCACACAUGCUAACAAUGCACACAGCUAAAGGACAGCGUCACCGUAAUACUGAGACGGACUUGCCAGGUCCUGGUCGGUCCGGGGAGAACAUGGAUCUACCUUUGAGCUCCUGCUGUGUUGAAACUGAACCAGUUGACCCAAGACCGCUAGUGAAAGAAGAUACAAAUGAGGAGGAACGUGGUCAUGUGACUGGUUAUGGUCGUGUGAUUGCUCAAGAUGAUGAAGAAAAGCCCUUUGCAGAGCUUCACUGUAGAACUGAAACGGACGUCACAGACUCUAACUAUGAAUCACUACAGACAACAGUGAAGAUGGAAGUGAAGAUAGAAGAGGAUGAGCACGAUUAUCUGCUGGAAAGCUACAAGGACAGUGGCACACCACAAGGACAGCGAGGGAAGAAGGAGGAAAUGGAGACGCAAACCAACAGAGAUGCACAUCAGCCGGAGACCAGUGCAGGCGAUCGGUGUUCCUCUUUGCUUCGAAAAGGCACAGAAACGGAAACGGGUGUCACAGAAACACUCCAGACUGCAGCGAAAACCGAAGAGAAGAAAGAAGAGGAUGAGCACGAGCACGGUCACCUGCUGGGAAGUGUAUCAGAACACCCUGAUACGAUGCAACAGAAGAUCCAUGGAGACAACGAUGAGCUCAACCUGCAGCUCAAAGGAAGGAUGCACCACUGCAGGAAGAGUUUUAUGACCCAGAUAGAACUUGAGCAACACCAACAACAAAAACACUCUGUUGGUGUGAACGAGGAAGAGAACUCUCGCAUAAAGCCACAUGAGUGUAUCUUAUGUGGAAAAGCUUUUGCUUACAGUACGGCUCUUGAAGCCCAUAUGCUUACUCACACUAGAGAGAGGCCUCACAAAUGUACUCAGUGUGGAAAAGGUUUUUCACAACUUUCGCGUCUUAAUAGCCAUAGUAUACGUCACUUGGGAAAGAGGCCGUACACAUGCGUACAGUGUGGAAAAUCUUUUGCACAACUUACACAUCUUCAAACCCAUAUGCUGGUACAUACUGGAGAGAGGCCUCAUAAAUGUACCCAUUGUGGAAAAGCAUUUCAACAACGCUCAUAUCUUAAUACCCACAUGAAAACUCACACCGGAGAGAGGCAUCAUAAAUGUGCCCAGUGUGGAAAGGCUUUCUUACAAUCAUCACACCUCAAAACCCACAUGCUUACACACACUGGAGAGAAGCAUCACAAAUGUGAGCAGUGUGGAAAAGCUUUUUUACAAAAGACUCAUCUUAAAACCCAUAUUUUUCUAACUCACACUGACAAGAAGCCUCACAAAUCACAUGAACGUCACAUGCCAGUUCACUCUGAAGAGAAGUGUCACGUGUGCGCUAAGUGCGGAAAGGCUUUUAGCUCCGUUUCAAGUCUUGAAGUGCAUCAACUAUCAAUACACAUGCCCGAAGAGAAGUGCCAUACAUGUUUAGAGUGUGGGAAAGCAUUCACACAGUCCAAAAACCUGAGACAGCACAUACUUACACAUUCUGGAGAGAAGCCUCAUAAAUGUUCCGAGUGCGGACAAGGUUUUGCACUCAUUUCCGACGUUAAACUCCAUAUGCUUACGCACUGAAGAGAAGCCUCAUUUCCGACGUUAAACUCCAUAAGCUUACGCACUGAAGAGAAGCCUCAUUUCCGACGUUAAACUCCAUAAGCUUACGCACUGAAGAGAAGCCUCAUUUCCGACGUUAAACUCCAUACGCUUACACACUGAAGAGAAGCCUCAUAAAUGUUGCCAGUUGGGAUGUACCUAAAUACCGUAUACAUACUCAUAUUUUGGGAAACAUGGUUAAUUACUCUGGUCCAGACUCUGAACAGUUUAAUAACAACCAAAAACACAUUUACAUUUAAAGGAACCGUAUGUAAGAAAUGUAUUUCAAUUAAUCAUAAAAUGGCCCUGAUAUGUCGCUAGACAUUAAAGGUGCCAUGUGUAAUGUCAAAAAAUAAAAAUAAUUCAUACUCCACAGGGUUAGGUGCCUUGAAGUUGACGGUCACCACGCUGCCUUAAAGUCGAUGGUGGGCUUGAAACACCAUCCAGUGUGGUACUCAUCCAGGCUUAGAAAACAGUGGCAUGCAAUUUUCCACCCAUAUCAGCCUCUCUCUCAAUUUUCCUUAUUAUUUUCAAUGCUAUGGACCCUGCCUGUGAGCCUGCAAUAAAUAUUUAGUUGAA